AAUAUGUAUGGACGAAACUGAAAGCAGAGGAGAUUUCAUUAAGAUGCUGGUAAGCAUCUUUGUUAAUGGUGAUACUAGUGACGGGUCCAUCAGAGGUACUCCAGGUAAAGGACUGGUGCUGUUUUUUGGGAGCAAAAACGUUGCCACCAUCUUCACCAAGGAGAACGAUGCCUCCGAGUUUGCUGGUGCUCUGGUGAAAUUAGUUUCAGAUGAUGAGAUCAAGAGAUGCAGAAAAACUGCAGCAGAAAUUCUAGAGCAUCUAUGUAUUCAUUACAAUUGGAAUGAUGAAUAUCUCGGUACACUCAAGAAUGCCAUGACGGGUGUGAUGCCAAGGGUGCUUAGAGAAAUACUACUUGGUUUUGGGUCGAGAGGAAAAGCAGGAAAGCCCACGUAUGCCAGACCAGGUACCGACGUCGAAAGCCAAGUCGGUGUCGGUGGUAAUGCUGUUUUAGAAGUCAAUGUCAGUAACAACAACAACAAUACUUCAUCGUCUCGGCAAAACCAACACCACAAGUUGCAUCUUGCCCUUCUGUCCCUCUGUGUGACGGCAUGUGAGAAAUUACACCUCGAUGUCAAUGCAGUUUCGCCGGGAGAAGGAGACCAAGGAGAUCAAGGAGAAGGUGUCGCAUUCAGGUUUGCGACGAAGUUGGUACAGUUAAACAGGGAUCUCAUGACCGCCGACAGCCUGACAGUGAUGAAGCUUACGACCAGAAUGGUGAUAGCAACCGUGAAGAAACACAUGGUGGAUGGUCGCAGCACCAUCGCCAAACGAGCUGACCUGCAGAGCCUCAUGGAUUUGCUCUCCAGCGUUUCAGAGGACAUGCUGGAUCUUGAGAGCUGCAUGGUUUUUGCCACUGGAACAAGGACAACGACAAUUCCUGACAACACUGAAACCCUCGAUUCCAUCGUUAAACUGGCAUCGAAACUCCACGGCCAAAUUAGGGGCCAAGACUCUGAAAUAGAGCUAGCUAGCUCUAGCUAGCUCUCUCAGAAGA